GUUGUUAAUUUAUUUUUAAAAAUUUGUCCUCAGUAUAACCAGUUCAUAGAGAUCAUUCUCCAGAGAUAAGUUUGAAGCAACAUUUAACAAUUCUUUUUAUCCUUUUUGAAAUUCUCUUGGUUCACUGAAUGUAUCCAAGAAGGUGACAUCAGACACCAGAAAAAGCUUCAUUGCAGCCCAUACAAUGCAUGGUAUUUACAGAGGGAGCCUUCUAGCAUAUCUUCAGUGAAUCAGGAAGUAACAAAAUAUUUUUAAUUUGGGGGGUGAGGAGUGCCUUAAAUGAUAGUUGAAACUUAUUUCUAUGCUGAAUACAUCCUGUAAGUUAAAACACGUCUCUAUGUAGUGGAGGAUACUCAACAUAGACGUCUGUGAUUAACUCAAUUCUAAUUUUUCUUUUGCAGUUCACCUUUAAAUAUUCCGUUUACUUUCAUUCUCAGGAUAUUCAGGAAGUUAUCAGUAUCCUUAAUAUGACUCUUGGUCUACAUUUUCAAAAGUGUCUGAAUGUGGGUACCUCAGUGUAUGAAUGCCCAGCUUGAUACAUCUUAGGUACCUGAUGCUGAGAAAAUGCUGAGCAUCUGUUCUCUGAAAAUCAGGCCAUGUCAACAUUCCAUAAGUUGGACACUGAAAAUCAGUAGCCCUUUUGAAAAUGUAGGCCCUCAUCUUCAGGUAAUAAUGGCAUACACUGCUACUCUGGCAGUCCCUACUAUCCCAAUUUGAGAGGGCUGUAGUGGUGGCCUUGUAUGUAGGAGAUGUUCAAUGGCUGCUAUGUUGGGGCACUAAAAAUAUCCCACCCAAAUUAGUGAGUAGGGACUGCCACAGUAUCAAGCACCAGUCCUGAUGCUGCCAUCUCAAGGGCUAAAAGUGCAACCAUUUUGCUGUGUUCAGAUAAGCCGUGCCAUCUGUAACUGACCAGAAGUUUGAGGCAGGAAGAUUUUUAUUCUGGUCAUGACUCAGGGAAAUUGACAAUGGGAACUUGAGUGAGAGGGUACCGGAGUGAGGUGGAGAGCCUGUCAAGAAAGGUGGGGCAAAAAGGUAACAUGGAAUAGGGGAAAGUAGGAUUUGGUAGGAGUGGUGUCCUAGAGAAGGAGAGAUGUAAAGUAAGAAUGGGGAGAUAUGGAGUAGGAAUUGUAUGAAAGCUCAAAGAUUGCUGGCCAGAGGAUAUUAAAAAAAAAAAAGGAAAAAGGAAGAAGAAACAACAAUAAAGGAAGAAAAACUAGACUGUGCAGACCAGAAGGGAGUUAGUCUUUAAAGGAUGGCAGAAGGUACAGAAAUAGCUUGUGGAUCAAAAGGUAAGAGAAAGGAAAGAUGGGACGCAGUAGGAGUAUGGCAAUAUAUAUUGAAGAUAACAUUAAUAUAUAGAGGAAGGGAAAACGAGGUCUUAGGUAGUUAGAUGAUUCCCUCCUUCACAUUUUAGAACUGUAUUUUGUAGAAACAGUAAAAGGAGAGAGAGAUGGUACCCAGCAGGAGUAUAGAGACAGGCAGGAUGGUGACCAAUCAUCCAAGAUUUUCCCAUUCUAGGGCUUCCUCCUCAGCUUCUUCAGUUUGAUUCCUGCCUCUCUCAGAGCAACACACAAGAAGUUGACGUCAAAUGGUGGCUAGACAUGGCCAUAGUCUCUUAAGCACACACAUGCAGAAAAGAGAACACCUCAGCUGUAUCCCUUGCAGUCGGUUCUUUCCCCUGGGUGCCUUAAGAAAUUUUCUGCUCUGACUGAACAAAGCCUCCACCCUGUUAGUGGAAUAAAGCAGUGGCUGAAGCGCUUUGUGGCCUAUGACCGACAAAAUCAGCUGCCCAAUUUCACUAAAAGGGGAGACAAACUCCCUCUCAGCAGCAGAGGCUCUCUACAAAGCAUUAGUGGAGCAAGGCAUCAGUUCAUGAAUUUUUGUGAGGUUCUACAGACUUCCCAGUGGCUCUUAGUAACAAAGGGUCACCAUCUUCAGGAAGCAUGACACCAGGGAGAAAGAAUCUAACUAUCCCACUCAUCAGCUUGAACCUUUAGCGAGCUGGAGGUUGAACCCUAAGAAAAACUGAGGCUUACAAACUAAGUUCACUAGGAGUAAGAUCUUUGACAAAAACUUUUUGUAUGAAGUCUUAAGAUAGUUGGGAUUCCAGUUCAUCCAGCUGGAAAAAAACCCUCUGUCCUGCAUUAUGUAGAAAAAAAUUCCCACAUCGGAAUUAAGGUGAGAGAAAUCGAAAAGGGGUACUCUGGCCUCCUGAGGGCAGUAUGGGCUGGACCACUCAAACAGAGAUGCCCAACCCCUUCAAGAGUGCCGAACAAGAUCCAGAGAUUUAGGGUACUGGGGUCUUAUCUCAUGAAAGUAUUGAAGCACCUACUCCUUCUAGUCUGAGGUUACCUUGGGGAGAGCCUCUUUCCAUAUGGGUGAGCUUCUUUCCCCUUUGCACUAGCAAGGUGGGUAGGUACUAUCUGAAGGGAGCUUCUUCACUUGGUAGAUUUGUAGUUCUUUGCCCUGAAGGCGCUUUUCAGGUAGUAAUAAUUUUAUUUCAGAAGACUCUUCAUGUGUUCCUGUAGUCUUCCAUAUUUAGAAUUCCGUAGUGGUACAUCUAUCAUAGUGUUUUUUUUUUUCUUCAAAAGUCACAGCUUCUUUUCACCUAAAUAGGACACCUCCCUUUAGAGUUUGUCCUAAUCUUAAACCGGGAACAGACAUUUUUGACACACCUUGGAUCUCAGGGUGGUCCUUAUAGUGUACUUAGCCUAGAAACCUUCAGAGAAACAGAACCCCAUGUAUCAUUCUCAUUACGGCUCAAGAUAUCUUGUUAUGUAAUGGCCAAAUGAUUCAAGUCCAGUUUCCAGGAGAUUUAAAAGACUGUAAAAGUUCCUUCUCCAUUGAGCUUUGUACCCAUCCCAGCAGAGUCAUGGACCUCUGGGCUGCAGAGGGAAGGUGUCAAUAGAAAAGAUUUUCAAAUUUCCCUGUACUUCUUGUUUUUUAAACUGCUCAUUAUCUGCUUAAUGUGCAGAUGCCACCCUUAGCUGCAGAGUGCUUGGACCACUCCGUUCAGGAGAGUUGAUGGAGGCCUUUGGGGUUCUUGUUCCUCUUAUUACCCAUCUUGUGCCUUCAGACUCCCUCUUCUGAUUCAACCAUGAGUCUCCUGUUCUCCCUUCCUUCCUAGAGUGUUUUCUCAUGAAAUACUGCUGUACAGAACCCAGUAUCUGCUCUGUCGCAAGAUGAGCCACAAAAAGGCAAAUUAUAUUCCCAUUUACUGGCUAAUUUGCUUUUUGUGGCUUGGUUGAGACAGCACAAACUCCUCCCAUUGUUAGACUUGUUAAGCCCAAGCUUCAACAUGAGACUUGCCUUGUAGGCAAUAUAGAUACCCAAGUGCAAAGCCUUGAUGUAGACAUGCUGCACCAGCAUAAAAUGGAGCAUGUACCAGUGUAACUUAUUCUGCAUCAGUGUAGCUACACUGGUACAACUUUUCCUAAUCUAGAUGGGCUCUUAAGAGGGUAGAGCAGGCUAACAGAUUAUUUUACAGAUCAGAAGGAAUCAAACUGGAGAAGCAGAAGAGGGAACCCUAGAAAGCAGAAAAAUCCUGGCUUGUGAUUGGUCGCCAUCUACCUAUCAGCGAAUUAGGAGGUGGAACCUCAUGUCUACAGUAUCUUGUCUGAGCCGCAGAAAACAAAUUAGCCACUUCAGCAGUUAAUACAGACACUGCAAAUACAACAACAGAAGCCACAGCCUUCACUACUUCAAGCGCUGGAUGCUGGUCUUGUCGUUCAGUUACAGGCCCUCACAGCACAACUUACAGCUGCAGCUGCUGCUGCCAACACACUUAAUCCACUGGAACAGAAUGUCUCUUUUAACAAGCUGAUGGACAGGUUUGAUUUUGGGGAAGAGCCUGACCUCAGUGAAGAGCCUAAAAAAGAAACUCCCAAUUCCCAACUGCCUCUAGUAUCAGAGUCUGUGAACAACUCACUUUUUCAUCAGCUAGCUGAACAACUACAACAACAAAAUUUAGAACAUCUCCGACAGCAGCUCCUGGAGCAACAGCAGCCUCAAAAGGCAAGCCCUGAGGAAAAUCAAGAGGGAAAUUUUGGAUCAGAGCACUCUGCAUCACCAUCACAAGGGAGUAGCCAACAGCAGUUUUUAGAAGUGGAAACAAACCUAGAUGAUUCAAUGGAUAUUCAACAACAGGACAUGGAUAUAGAUGAAGGGCAAGAUGUAGUUGAGGAAGAGAUCUUUGAACAAGAAGAAAAGAAAUCAGCUGUUCGUUCAAGAUCAAGAACACACUCAAGAUCUCGUUCAAGGUUUCAUAAUAACUUAUUACUCAAGUCACCAAGAAAACGGAGGUCUAGGUCACGGUCUGGUUCCCGUAAACGUAAACACAGAAAACGUUCACGCUCAAGAUCAAGAGAAAGGAAGCGAAAGUCAUCUCGGUCAUACUCCAGUGAAAGAAGAGCUAGGGAAAGGGAAAAAGAACGCCAAAAAAAGGGAUUGCCUCCUAUCCGGUCUAAAACACUAAGUGUCUGCAGUACUACUCUUUGGGUUGGUCAAGUAGACAAGAAGGCCACACAGCAAGAUUUAACUAAUUUGUUCGAAGAAUUUGGACAAAUAGAAUCUAUUAACAUGAUUCCUCCAAGAGGUUGUGCAUAUGUCUGCAUGGUUCACAGACAAGAUGCAUAUCGUGCUCUUCAGAAACUUAGUUCUGGAUCCUACAAAAUUGGAUCUAAAAUUAUUAAGAUUGCUUGGGCUUUAAAUAAAGGUGUGAAAACAGAGUACAAGCAAUUUUGGGAUGUGGAUCUUGGAGUUUCAUAUAUACCUUGGGAAAAAGUAAAAUUGGAUGAUUUGGAUGGCUUUGCUGAAGGAGGCAUGAUCGACCAGGAGACUGUAAAUACAGAAUGGGAAACUGUGAGGAGCUCAGAGGCUGUUAAAGAAAAUAUCCAAACUACUCAGAGUACAACUGUCGAUAAGAAUACAGCUGUUACAACACAGACGGAAGCUUAUACUCAAUCUGUAACUAUGCUACAGAAAGCAGACAUACUUGAGCAACACUCUUCCUGUUUUGAGAUUCCGGUAGCUCCAGCUGUGCCUGCUGUUAGUUUAGUUCCACCAUCAUUUCCUGUCACAAUGUCUGUCCCACCUCCUGGGUAUAGUUCAAUUCCACCACCUCCCUUCUUGCGGGCAAGUUUCAACCCUUCACAACCACCUCCUGGUUUUAUGCCUCCCCCGGUUCCACCAGUCCCACCGCCUGUUGUUCCACCACCUGUUGUUCCACAAGUAGUCCCAACAUCUCUAGUGCAGCCUCCUCUAUCCAUUACUCAAGAGACAAUGAAAGAUGUUCCUUUUGGUAGCCUUGUUUUACCAGUUGGCACUGUUUCUAGCAGUCUAGCCACUCCAACAUUAUCAGCGGGAAGUGUUUUUAACCCUCUUCCAAGCAACAAACCAGAGUCAGAAGAAAAAGGAUCACAUCUUACAGACGUUCAGAUUUCUUCCAGUGAAAACAACAGAUCUGGUAAGAAAUUUCAAAAUGAUGUCUCAAGCAGCUCCGGACUUGCGGGUGGAGUGCAGCCACCCGGUGUCUCAAGCAGCUCCGGACGUGCAGGAGGAGUGCAGCCACCCGGUGUCUCAAGCAGCUCCACACUUGCGGGAGGAAUGCAGCCACCCAGUGUCUCAAGCAGCUCCGCACUUGUGGGAGGAGUGCACCCACCCGGUGUCUCAAGCAGCUCUGCACUUGCGGGAGGAGUGCAGCCACCUGGUGUCUCAAGCAGCUCUGGACUUUUGGUGGGAGUGCCGCCACCGAAUGUCUCAAGCAGCUGCGGACUUUUGGCGGGAGUGCCGCCACCGAAUGUCUCAAGCAGCUCUGGACUUAUGGCGGGAGUGCCGCCACCGAACGUCUCAAGCAGCUCUGGACUUAUGGCGGGAGUGCCGCCACCGAACGUCUCAAGCAGCUCUGGACUUUUGGCGGGAGUGCCGCCACCAAACGUCUCAAGCAGCUCUGGACUUUUGGCGGGAGUGCCACCACCCAAUGUCUCAAGCAGCUCUGGGCUUCUAAUAGUGCCACCACCCAAUGUCUCAAGUAGUUCUGGACUUCUGGGGAUGCAGCAUCCAGCAGGGAUUCAAAACAUACCCCAUUUAAAUAUUAGUAGUCAAAGGAUGCCCGGAAUGCCUCUCUUAGAUCUCCGUCCAGGACUAAUACCCCAGUCACCUGGACCAAGAUUUCCAUUAAUACAGCCUGGAAUGCCACCACAGCGUAAUAUCCCUCCUCCAACAAUCCUUGACCCAUCCCUUCAUCCACCACCUAGAGGUCCUUUUCCUCCUCCAGGAGAUCUUUUUAACCAAACAGAGAGACAUUUUGGAACACCUGGAAGACAAAAUGUUGAUAGCAUUUCUAAUCCAGAAAAAAGGUUACCACUUGGCGGUGAUAGCAUUCAACAAGAAGGAGACCGAGACUAUCGCUUUCCACCAGUGGAAAACAGAGAGACUCUUAAUAGACCAUCUCCAGUCGAUGUCAGGGAUUCUAUUGGACGGCCACCAGUAGAUCCAAGAGAGGGUCUUGGAAGACCUCCAAUAGAUGGAAGAGAACAUUUUGCAAGACCACAUAUAGAUAUGAGAGAGAAUUUUGGAAGACCAGGUGUGGAUAAUAUUGGUCGAAGAGAGCAUUUUGGUUUCAAUUCAGAAAAGCACUGGGGACAGAGAGGAGAUUAUGAUGAAAGAGAACACAAUGUUUUCCCUAUCUAUGGUGGUCCUAAAAGCUUCCAUGAAGAUAGAGAGAGAUUUCGGCAUGUAAAUUACAGAUUUGAUACUAGAAGUGGUCCCAACUGGAACAGGGGAUUUGAACAAGAUGCUCACAGAGAUUUUGAUGACCGUAGAAGACCCUGGGAAAGACAGAGGGAUAGGGAUGACAGAGAUUUUAAUUUUUGCAGAGAAAUAAAUGGAAACAGGUUUGGAAGAGACAGAAUGCAGAACAACUGGAUCCCUCCUCCACAUCCAAGGGUUUUUGAAUAUUUUGAAGGGGCCACUUCACAGCGCAAAGCUGAUAAUAUACCCCAGGUAAAUGGUGAAAAUACAGAGACAGAAAGUCAGCCACCAAAUGUGCAAGUGCAGAAUGAUCCAGAACUUUAUGAAAAACUAGCAUCUUCAAGUGAGAUAAACAAAGAGAAGAGUGACACAGAAGCUGAUAUAGAAAGUGAACCAGUGGUAGAAAGCACAGAAACUGAGGGGACAUAAUCAUCACUCAGUAGGUAAAAGAUACCUUUUGUAAAGUUGUCAUCUCUCUGUAAUAGAUAAAUGGCUGACUGGACCUUAGCAGUUCACUUUUGUCUGCCAGAAUUAAGUUAAUCUGAUGUUGAUGUUCAUCUUUCACUUAAAUAACUGUACAACUGACUUGUAUAGAACACUGUUCUUAAUUUGAACAUGGUAGGUAAACAUUUUUUAUUUCUCUGAUAAAACACAGACUUGCCCCCAGUUGCUUUUAAUGUCACAAUGAUAAAUAACAGCUUGUCAAACAGAGACUUCCUAUGGAAGAAAAUGGAAUUUUUUUAGAUACUACCAUUAGGUUGGCUGUGGAAAUUGUUAUACUUGAAAGCAGGUGCUGGUGUAUCUUGUCCAUGUUUUUAGGCUGCUGCAGAAUUUUAAACAUAGACAAAGCUGUGAUAUUUUAUGUUCCUGAAAUUUGGCGCACACACACACCCAAAAAAAAAAAGAAAGAGAGAAAAAGAAAUAGCCCUGGUCAUUUAAGGAGCAUAAUACAGAGAUUAAAA